GAUCAGUUAGGCGAAUUUGAUAAAAAGUACCAUGUACUAUUUGCAUUGGAACUUUACAUUUCGGCGGAAUAUCAAUUACUUGAAAGCGGCCCCUCAAGUUCCUUCUCCGCUUCCCCAUCUACCUCAAAAAACAAAAAAGAAACCGAUGAGGAAAGGGAACUGCGUCAAGAAGCGAGGCAAUUACUGCGUGGUGGAGCGGAUGAAGCAGAUAAAGGCCGAUUGGAGUGCCGAACCAUUCCUUACUUGGUUCAGAAAGCACAAAAGGAUUGUAAGGCUUGAUUUAAAAGUGCCGUACAAUGAAGAUUUAUUUCGCACUGUAAGGCAACUUUUUAUUGAUUUUGGGUUUGGACGAAAUAAUGACUCAAUUAGAGUGGUGCUCUUUUUACAAAAUGAAACCCAAGUUGAUGCAAUUGACACGGAAUAUUACCAUAUGCGCAAGAUACGUCUAGGAGACAUUUGCCACGACAAGGAUGAAAGUUUGUGA